AUGGAAGACGGACAGUCUGCUGAAUGUCGCGAUGGCACCAAGACUCGUCCACCACCGGUGAAGAGGGCAUGGGCUUCGGCCACCGUCUUGAUGCUGUCGAUUGUGUUCAUUCUGUCUGGUUUCUUCGUCUCCUGGAUAGACAUUUCUACAUUGACAGGCCCUUUCAUUUUCAAGACUAGGACCGCAGAGAGCCCCAGGAAUUCCACUCGAAAUGUCGCAUACCCGCUCGUCUGCACGAAUGACACUGAGCUGCUGACAUGUCCGACCAAUUAUCCAGCAACGCAUCGAAUUGAGAAUAUAUACACCGAGGUAUGUCCGGAGUACUUCCGGUGGAUCCACGAGGAUCUCCGGCCCUGGAAGGCUGCAGGGAUCACGCGGGAAAUGUUGGAAAACAGCAAAGAGCACGCGCAGUUUCGGCUCGUGAUACUUAAAGGAAAGGCUUACGUGGAGAAGUACAAGCCUGCCUUCCAGAAGGACGUGUUCACCAUCUGGGGCAUUUUGCAGCUCCUGAGGUUGUACCCUGGGAAGGUGCCGGACUUGGAGCUCAUGUUCAACUGCGGCGACAAGCCGCUGAUCCUGAAGCAAGAGUACCAGGGCUCGAAAGAAGAGGAUCCACCGUUGUUCCACUAUUGCGGGCACAACACGACCUUUGACGUCCCUUUCCCGGAUUGGUCCUUCUGGGGUUGGCCUGAAGUGAACAUAAAGCCAUGGGAAGACAUUUUAUCGGCCAUAAAAGGCAAGGCGGAGCCGAUCAAAUGGAAGGACAGAGAGCCCUACGCUUUCUGGAAAGGCAACUAUGGACUGGCCGAGACCAGGCGCGAUCUCUUCAGGUGCAAUGACCGUUCAAGAACCGAUUGGAAAGCUCGUGUGUACGCCCAAGACUGGCGUCGGGAAGUAGCAGACGGCUUCAAGCACUCAAAAUUAGAAGACCAGUGCACUCAUAGGUACAAGAUCUACAUAGAAGGAAUCGGCUGGUCAGUGAGCGAGAAGUACAUUUUGGCAUGCGAUUCCACGACCUUGCUAAUCAAGCCGGAGUUCUACGAUUAUUUUAUAAGAGGGAUGAUGCCGAUGGAGCAUUACUGGCCAAUUAGACCGAAUAAUAAGUGCAGAGAUAUCAAAUUUGCUGUCGAAUGGGGAAACAAUCACACUGAAGAGGCACAGAGGAUCGGCGAUAGAGGGACCAAGUUCGUCGAGGAGAGCCUGAAACUGAAGUUCGUGUACGACUACAUGUUUCACCUGCUCAGCGAGUAUGCGAAGCUUCUGAAGUUCGAGGUAAAGGUGCCUCCGGGAGUACCUGAGCUGUGUUCGGAACUGAUGGCGUGCCCGGCUGAUGGGCUUGUGAGGACGUUCAUGGUUGAGUCGAUGGUGAAGUCGCCUAGCGACGCGCUUCCGUGCUCAUUGCCACCUCCUUAUGACGCUGUUGAGUUCAAAGCUCUCAUGGAGAGAAAAGAGAGUGUAACUAGGCAGGUGGAGAUGUUGGAGGCUGAGUUUUGGAAGAAUCUUGAGAAGCAAUUCUAAAUUUACCACUUUACAUUUAUUUCCCAUUUCACUUUAGACCUCGAGAAUCUUGAGAAGACAACUCUAAUUUUACAUUUUUUUUUUUUUUAUGUACCUUGAAGAAUCAAGCAAUUGCGCCCUCACCUGGUCACCUAUA